UUAGGAGGGAGACCCUCCUUCGCGGCCGCCCGCUCGCAGCCAUGGCUUUGAAGGAGGCGGGCGGCAGCAUCCUGCCCAUCAGCGACAUGGUGUCGGGGCCGUCGGCGUUCCCCGAGGUGGUGGAGCUGAACGUGGGGGGCCAGGUGUACGUGACGAGGCACUCCACGCUGCUCAGCGUCCCGGACAGCACGCUGGCUACCAUGUUCUCGCCCUGCCGGGGCGGCCCGGCGGCGGCUCGCCAGCUGCCCAGGGACAGCCGGGCGCGCUUCUUCAUCGACCGCGACGGCUUCCUCUUCAGGUACGUGCUGGAUUACCUGCGGGACAAGCAGCUGGCGCUGCCAGAGCACUUCCCCGAGAAGGAACGGCUCCUGCGGGAAGCCGAGUACUUCCAGCUGGGCGACCUGGUGAAGCUGCUGUCGCCCAAGGUCACCAAGCAGAGCUCGCUCAACGACGAGGGCUGCCAGAGCGACCUGGAGGACGGCAGCUCGCAGGGCAGCAGCGACCGGCUGCAGCGGGCGGCGCUGGACAAGCGCUCGGGGUUCCUCACUGUGGGCUACCGCGGCUCCUACACCACUGUGCGGGACAACCAGGCUGACGCCAAGUUCCGCCGCGUCGCCCGCAUCAUGGUGUGCGGCAGGAUCGCCCUGGCCAAGGAGGUCUUCGGAGAGACCCUCAACGAGAGCCGCGACCCCGACCGCCCCCCCGAGAAGUACACCUCCCGCUUCUACCUCAAAUUCACCUACCUGGAGCAAGCCUUCGACCGGCUCUCCGAGGCGGGCUUCCACAUGGUGGCUUGCAACUCCACCGGCACCGCCGCCUUCAUCAACCAGUACAGGGACGACAAGAUCUGGAGCAGCUACACCGAGUACAUCUUCUUCAGACCUCCCCAGCGAACUGUUUCCCCCAAACAAGACCGUGAAGAAAGGAAGCAUGACAAAGUCUUGGACAAGGGCAGUGAAAGCGGGACUUCCUGUAACGAGCUGUCCACCUCAAGCUGUGACAGCCACUCGGAAGCAAGUACCCCUCAAGAAAAUGCCACCAGCACUCAGCCAUCCACAGCCCACCAGCCAAAUACUCUGACUUUGGAUCGUCCAUCGAAGAAGGCCCCGGUGCAGUGGAUGCCACCACCAGACAAACGCAGGAACAGUGAACUCUUUCAAACUCUCAUUAGCAAGUCCAGAGAAACAAACCUUUCAAAAAAGAAGGUGUGUGAGAAGCUGAGUGUAGAGGAAGAAAUGAGAAAAUGUAUCCAAGAUUUUAAAAAAAUCCACAUUCCAGAUUACUUUCCAGAGCGCAAACGUCCCUGGCAGUCUGAACUCUUACAGAAAUAUGGGUUAUAGUAAUCAACUCUUUCAUGACGUAUCUCUGGGGCAUUUGAUGUUUAUUAAGUUGCCACUAACUUACUGAUGUCCUCCCUCUGGCCAGCUUUGCCACCAGAGCUAUUCCUGCUGCUUAUUUCUUUCUGUGAACAGUGGAUGUUGACUAGUACAUGGUUUCUUUUAAAAUAUAUAUAAAAAGAUAGAAACUUAAAAAAUGCAAAAGGCAUCUCAUCUAAACCACCUCAUAAUAGCAAAGAAAAAAGUGCAUGGUCAAGAAAGAUGGUUUUCAAAUUGUAGUCAGUUGAGCUUCAUUUUUGUUACUGAAUAAAAAUCUCAAUCAUCAGUUAAUGCCUCAUUUUAUGUCACUAAUAAAAAUGACUCAGACUUGCUAUGGAUGAAGAGAAACAGGGUUUAAAAUUUGAUUGAACUGGUUUCAGAAAUAAUUCCCAGUGUUCUUUCAAUGUUAAUGCAAUAAAGCAAAUACCUAUUUUGCAUGAGCACAAUGUUACAAAUAAAUCACACAAGAACAAGAGGUUGUCUGUUGCUUGGAGAAUUAUUUGUUUGAUACCAAGCCUAUAAACGUAAAAUGUCUAAGGGGUUGAAUUUAUUUUGUUCUGGAUCUGUGAUUUUUUUGUGUGUACAGUGUUCUGUAUGUAAGGAUGGUGUAAAUAUGCCUUAUACUGUUUUAUUAUUGCACCAACAACGUUCAUCUAUUAGUGCUUGUCAGGAUUAUUUCUGUGAAAUGCAAAGUUAUGACAGAUUGUGAAAACUGGUUUGAUGGUCUGAAAGUUUCUGUUAUGUUAGUCGCUAAAAAUGGAGAAAAAUAAAAGAGACUUUACUGUAUUUAUUAAAAGAACCAUCUGGUAGAUUUUUCUUCACUAUCAUUAUCUCCUCUAUUUUUUAAAAAUAGAAUCAAGCAAAUUGGUACUUUUUGUUUAGUGUUUUCAUAAAUACUCUGCUGAAACAAAACAAAACCAAACCAUUUCAAGAGUGACUGAAAAUUAUUUAGGGUAGUGCCACUUAAUUGGAAUCACUACACACACUCUAUGAGAGGAAGAUACUUACACUAAGCAGCAGCAGGGAACUAAAAAACUGAGUGGUUUCACUAACAGAGCGGAAAGCAGUUCCAAUUUGACAAGUUCACAAAAGGCAGCAUAGAAAUAGAAGAUUUAAAGUUCCACAGCAGAGUGCACUACAUUUACAAAUGAAAAGUUUUCUAUGAAGAGUCAUCUCUAUAUGACAAACUUAUUUUCUCAGCCCAGGUACACGAAAAAUCAAUACCUUUCUCAUUACAACACCACCAAGAAGACAACUGUGAUUCAGACAGCCAUAGCUGGAAUGGAUCAGGACCACUGGAUUUGCAGGAGAGCUGCUGAGUUCCCACAGGCUUGAAAUUAUUACUGUGUGUGCACUCACAACGUACACAUACAUGUUUAGAAGAGUCCAUCCCCAUACAUAUUCUAUAGCAGAAACUGUACAGUUGUGUCAGGGGAGGUGUUUUACAUCUGAUGGCAAUUUUGACUGUUUAGCUAAAGUAAAGAGGAUUUUGCUUUCUCUCUCUCUGAUGCAGCCCAGAAAGCCAACCAUAUUCUGGGCUGCAUCAGAAGAAUUGUGACCAGCAGGUUGAGGGAGGUGAUUCUGCCCCUCUACUCUGUGCUUGUGAGACCUCGCCUGGAGUACUGCAUUCAGUUCUGGAGUCCUCAACACAGGAAAGACAUAGCAAGUCCAGAGGAGUGCCAUGAAGAUGAUCAGAGUGCUGCAGCAUCUCCCAUAUGAGGGCAGGCUGAGCCUGUUCAGCCUGGAGAAGAGGAGAAUUCAGGGCCACUUCAUAGCAGCCUUACAAUACUACAAGAAAGCUGAGGAGGGGGUCUUUAUCAGGGAACGUAGUGAUAAGACGAGAGGUAAUGGUUUUAAGCUGAAAGAGGGGAGAUUUAAAUUAGAUAUUAGGAAGAAAUUUUUUACUGUGAGGAUGGUGAGGCAGUGGAACAGUUUGCCCAGAGAAGUUGUGGCUGCUCCUAUUCCUGGAGCUGUUCAAGGUCAGGUUGGAUGAGGCUUUGAGCAGCCUGACCUAGUGAAAGGUAUCCCUGCCCAUGAUAGGGGGGUUGGAACUGGAUGAUCUUUAAGGUCCCAUCCAGCCCAAACCAUUCUAUGAUUUUGUUCUGUGCUUCUUUUUUAAUAUUCGAUAUCCCAGUAUUUACGAAGUUUCCAGCUAUUUAAGCAUGACUUGCUAACAUCCAGUGGCUACAAUUCUGUUUUUAUAUAGUCUAAAGUUAGACUGCUAUUGAGACCUUUUGAAAAUCUCACACUGAGAUUUCCUUUAGCCUUUUGAAUCAGUCUUCUUUGCCCUUCUAGUACCUUAUCGCAGCUUCCUGUUACCUUUGUUUAGGCUAAGUUUCCAUGUGGGAUGAUACCUUUUAGGUUUAGACAGCAUCUUCAACCUCCCCAUUAAACCUUGCCAUUGAGUUGGAUACAAUUACACCAGCAUCCAAAGAUGAAGUCUUGGUUUUGAAAUUGCAUGGUCUUCCUUCUUUCUGAGUGAAAAAUUGGGAUGUGUUGAAGUCUGAGAGAGAAUAGGAGAAAAGAAACAGCUCCUGUGAAUCCUUCUGUCAUGUUCUCUAAUUACCAUUACACCUUUCGUCCAGUUCACCCAGUUACAGCUCCAACCCUUAUCUGUAUAGUUAUUAAUCUACAGUUUUCAGAUUCCAGCCUGUAAUUAGGGAGAAAGCAAACUGAGACACUUGUUGGAACAGAGGAGCUUGUGGGUGGUUAGAUGGUUGGUAGGGAAUUCCCAGGUUUUACUAGAGAAUCGUAUAUUAUAAGCACGUGGGGUGUUUGUUUGCUUCCCUUUGUCUUCCAUUUUUCUUACUUUUCUAUGAUCACUGUUGUUUCUUUUUCCACUUCAGUCUUCUUUUUCUUUUCUUUCCAGCUAUUUACUUUGUUACACACAGGAAUAGUCUACAACAAGAAUCCAUGCUUUUUACAGGACUUCAGUGGAAGUGGUCAGUACAUUAAAUUCCUACUGCAUAUGAAAUUUAUGAUUUCAAAACAGUGUUUUUCUGGGAAGGAAAGAAAGAUCUAAAUAUAGUUAUUUGUCAAUCUCAUAUUUAAAAAGAAUGUCAAUAAUAAAAUUUUAUUUUUAUUUCAAUAUUUCAAUUAUUUUUAUAUUAUUUUCAGGUUUUAUAGGGCUGUGAUUUACAGUUGUAAUUAUGACAUAUUUAGUUUAGUGUCAUUAAAGACGAAGUAGUGUUUAAUUGGGAGUUGCUGUUAUAAUCCGUAAUGAGUAAUUGCUUUGAUAAAUAUAUAAAAAAAAAGAUAAAGUAUAAAGAAUUAA